UUGGUUUGGUUGGGUCAUCUCUCAUUUUUUGCACUCCAGAUUUCAUUUCCAUGGCCGUCGUCGUCGUCUUGGUCGUCUCCAAUCCGAUGGGCGCUCAGCUCGUCGGCCGGCAGCCCGGAGCCCCUCUAUAAAUAGAUACUCCCCGGCCUAGCCUACCCCUACCAAAGCCGGCCGGCCCCACGCCCGAGAAUAAACCCUCGCUCGCCGCAACCGCCAAUAAAAGGUUCACAGAUUCCGAUGGCUCCGCCGCCGCAGUCGCCGCGAGUAGGGGAGGAGCUGCAGGACUGGGAGGAGGGCACGGGCGAGAGCUCCCCACCGCCGCGGUCGCCACGGGCGCUCAAACCGGACGUCCACGAGGUGCUGAGGAGGAUCUGCGAGCGCCUCAGCCGAACGGGGCGGCACGUCCAGGCGCUCGCUAGCCCCUCCUUCCACGGCCGCCUCGCCCGCCACCUCCAGAGGCUGCCGCGGAGGUACCUCGUCGACCUCGACGUCGACGACAAGGCCGAGGACGUGCUGCUGCACUGGGAGAUCCUCGACGAGUGCGCUGACCCCGACAAGCGACCUGUCUUCCGCGCGCGAUACGUUCAGUGUCUCACAGUUCGAGGGGAUUAUGAUGGCAGCAAUCAAGAUCUUGAUGAGCCGUGUCAAAGGUUGAUGGAGGACCUCAGUUUGGAGAGAAGAAAGGCCGUCGACGGCAAUGAUUCCAUGUCUAUCUCCUCUAGGGGUGAUCUAAAAAACCUCCUCAUUCAUGAGAUUAUUUUCUCUUCCCUCGACAGGCCGAAGCUCCUAAGCCGACUAACUGCAUUGCUUUCUGAGAUCGAUUUAAAUAUUCGGGAAGCUCAUGUUUACUCCACAACUGAUGGCUUUUGUUUGGAUGUUUUCGUCGUUGAUGGGUGGGAGACAGAGGAGACAGAUGAGUUGAUCGCGAAGAUUAAGGAGACAUUAACACAUAAAAAUGCAUCGCCAUCUAAUUCAACAAAUUCUUCGACAUCGGAGAAAAUACUUGACCUACAACAAAAGGUUGGAGAUUCUGAAAUUGACUCGACCAUGCUAACAAAGGGGGAAAAGAUUGCAUCUGGAUCUUCUGCAGACUUAUAUCGAGGAACUUAUAAUGGUCGUGAUGUUGCUAUAAAGAUUCUCAGAAUUGCAAAUCUCAACAAUCCUUCAGAAAUUGAGUUCCUGCAGGAAGUACUUAUUCUAAGGAGUGUUAAUCAUGAAAAUAUUCUUCAAUUUUAUGGGGCAUGCACAAGGCAUCCAAACUAUUGCAUCGUAACAGAAUACAUGCCUGGGGGGAAUUUAUAUGACUUUCUUCACAAGCAGAAUAAUUUGUUGGAACUCCUUACAGUUCUAAGAAUUGCUAUCGGUAUCUCAAAAGGAAUGGAUUAUCUGCACCAGAAUAACAUCAUCCAUAGAGAUUUAAAGACUGCAAAUCUUCUCAUAGGCUAUGAUCAGGUUGUAAAGAUCGCAGACUUUGGUGUGGCGCGACUUGGAAGUCAGGAGGGGCAAAUGACUGCUGAAACUGGAACCUACCGAUGGAUGGCACCAGAGAUAAUUAACCAUAAGCCUUAUGAUCACAAAGCAGAUGUAUUCAGCUUUGCUAUUGUUCUAUGGGAGUUGGCUACUUCAAAGGUCCCCUAUGAUAACAUGACGCCCUUGCAAGCUGCAUUAGGAGUAAGGCAGGGAUUACGCUUGGACAUUCCCGCAAGUGUGCACCCAAGAUUGACGAAACUGAUUCAGGGGUGUUGGGACGAAGAUCCUGAUGUGCGUCCGAGUUUCGCAGAGAUCAUCGUAGAACUUGAAGGCAUGUUACAGCAUGUUCAGGCACCAAAGGGAGCCAGUCGUCGUUCCAGGGCGAAGAUGCAGAAGAAAUCAGAACGUUAGAGAAUGCAUACCAUCAAAGGAGAAGAAGUUUCCUCACCCCCUUUUUCUUUGGGCCAAACAACUUGUACCAGCCGAUAUGUGCCCAAUUAGAACAGGAUGCCGCUGCCUGUGUGAUAAAUAGGGUUAGGAUGUCCUUUUGCCUGUGUGAUAAACAGAAUGGUGGUAUUUGGUAUGGAUUGUUGUUGGUACUGCUGAAUCUGAAAUUAAACACAGGAAAGCACUGGGCCACUGGCAACCUUCUGGGGAAAUACAGGAAACAUAUAUAUUUCUGUCC